GCCGCCCUGGCCCGGGACGGGAGCGGAGCGCGGAGCCGGGGGCCGCCGUUGAGUGGCUGCUGCUGGAUUACUGCUCCCUAAUCCGCGCCCGGCCCAGGCUGGUUGCCGGGCGAUGCUGUUUGUGCCAGGACCGAGAGGACCCUGACAUCAGAGGGGGAAUGCGGCAGCAGGAGCCGGGCCAGGAACGAAGAUCCGGCUUCUGCUGCCUGCGUGGUCCCCGCCGUCUGAGGCCCCCACACCAUGGCCAUAGUGCAGACCCGGCCCGUCUCCAUCGAGCCCGCUUCUGAGGCGGCCACCCAGCUCCGCGCCAGCACCCGCUCGCCUGCUUCCGCCCGUGGCGCCAUGGGGAGCGUCAGCAGCCUCAUCUCCGGCCGCCCCUGCCACGAGAGGCCGUGCAAGGCCGCGCCCGGCCCCUUCCGCCAGCAGGACGGGCUGCUCCAGGCCGCCCCCCUCCAGGGGCUGCCCCCCCCCAAGCCCUGCUCCGGCCCGGCGCCCGGGCGCGGCGCCUACGCCAGCGAGGACUUCUGGGCCGAGGCCGUGUCCCCCGUCAGCCCCUGCAGCGACGCCGAGGAGCCGCGGGACGAGCGGGCUCGGAGCAGCCACAUCCGGGGGCCGCCCCCGAGGCUGGUCCCCGUCUCCGGGCAGCUGGAGAAGAACGUCGAGAAGACCCUGAUCCGCCCGACGGCUUUCAAGCCGGUGGUGCCCAAGGGCAGGAACUCCUCGCUGCCGGGCUACGUGGUGCCGCGGCCCGGGGUGUCGGCGGUCCCCGAGAGCCAGGCCAGCCUCGCCCACCUCUUGGGCGGCACCGCCCCGGCCAGCGCCGAGAAGCACCACUCCCUGAGCUGCCGCCACAGCGCCCACUCGGGCACCCUGUCGGACUCGGGGCGCAAUUCCCUCUCCAGCCUGCCGACCUACAGCACGGGCUGCAGCCAGCCACCGGAGCCGGGCGCCGUCUGCAUAGGCCACCUCAGCCUGGACAGUCACGGUGGGUACCCGGAGCGGGGCUCCAGGGGCCUGGCCGGCCCCUCCAACUCGGACAGCGGGCGCUCCUCCUCCAGUAAGAGCACGGGGUCCCUGAGCGGGCGGGGGCCCCCCUCCUCCGACGGCGGCUCCUGCGCCCGCUCACCCGUCGAGGGCGACGAGGCUCUGCUCGUCCGCGAGCUGGAGGAGAAGCUGCGGGAGCGGGAGGCGGAGCUGCAGCACCUGCGCCAGAGCCUGGACGACAACGAGGUGGCCAUCUGCCAGGUGUACGAGGAGAAGCAGAAGCACUGUGAGCAGGAGAUGGAGGAGCUGCGGCUGGGCUACGCCUCCCAGGUCAAGCAGGCGGCGCAGAAGGCCCAGCGCACGCAGCAGGUGCUGCAGCUGCAGAUCUUCCAGCUGCAGCAGGAGAAGAAGAAGCUGCAGGAGGACUUUGCCCAGCUGCUGCAGGAGCGCGAGCUGCUGGAGAAGAGGUGCGCCUCCUUUGAGCGCGAGCAGACCGAGCUGGGGCCGCGGCUGGAGGAGACCAAGUGGGAGGUGUGCCAGAAGUCGGGCGAGAUCUCCCUGCUGAAGCAGCAGCUGCGGGAGUCGCAGGCAGAGCUGGCGCAGCGGGGCACCGAGCUGCUGCUGCUGCGGGCCCAGCUGCGGGAGGCGCGGGCGGAGCGGCAGGCGGGCGAGGAGCGGGCGCUGGGGCUGCAGGAGGCGGCCCGCGCCCGGGCGCUGGAGCUGGAGGUGUGCGAGAACGAGCUGCAGCGCCACAAGGGCGAGGCCGAGCUGCUGCGGGAGAAGCUGGGCCGGCUGGAGCAGGAGGCGGCGGGGCUGCGGGGGGCGCGGCGCCCGCCCCGCUGCCCGGAGCCGCCCGAGCCCAGCCUGCUGUGGGCCAGCGACGAGGCCAAGGCCCAGCGGCAGGCGGCCGAGACGCUGCAGGGCCUGCGGGCCGAGCUGCUCCAGGAGCGCCGGCGCGGCCAGGAGCAGCGGGCCGCCUUCGAGGCCGAGCGGCUCACCUGGCAGGGCGAGAAGGAGCAGGUGAUCGGCUACCAGAAGCAGCUACAGCACAACUACGUCCAGAUGUACCGGCGCAACCGGGAGCUGGAGCAGCACCUGCACCAGCUCAGCCUGGAGCUGCAGGCCCCGCGGCUGGACGAGCGCGGCCUGCCCGGGGCCGAGAUCUGCUUCGAAGAGAUCACCGCCACCGAGAUCUGAGCCGGGGCCCCGGUGUGCCGGCUGCCCCCUCGCUGCCUCGUGAGCUGGACCCCGCCCCUUCCGCCAGAUGGGUGUUAGCCGGCUGCUUGGGGGGCAGCUGGCAUAGGACGGGGGCAGGCUGUGCCCAUGGCUGGUCCAUGGGGGAAGGGGAGCUGGGCCUGCGGCUGCUGUAGCCCGAGCCUGGGAAGAGCCGAUUAACAGCUGAUCCCCUUAGCGCUCGGGAGGGGAUUAGCGGCACCCGCUCGUAGCCGGCUGGGGGGCGCCGGGAUCAUCCCUCUGCCGUAUGGGCCCUGUCACCUCUCCUGCCGCGCCCCAGAGCCUCCAUCGAGCUGUGAGGAGGUGGCAGGGCUGCUGGCCUCCCCCGAGCCAAGGCCCCUUGUGCUGGUCACGCCCCCCCCCCGGCUGGCUCCGGUGUGGUGGUGGGAAUGGGGCUGGGCCGUGGGAGGGAGGCCCCCCUCCGUGGCUGCCAGGCUCGCUGGCUGAGCAGGGGCUGGCGCGAACUCCAGGCUCGGUGGCACAGCCCCGCAGCGCGUCGCCUGCCAGCCUGCCGUCAGGUGGGGCUCCCCCAGGGGCGGUCUGCGGAGCCAGCCCUGCCCCGGCCAAGCCCCUGUUCUGCACCCCCCACCCGGGGGGGCUUGCAGGUUGCGGGUUUGCCCAGUCAGUGCAGGGUCCAGCCCAGGGCUUGGGAUCUCUAUGCUCCUCUUCGAAAACCGGCUUCCCCUUUUGUGGGCCUGCUCCCCGCAGAGGCUGUAUUGGCAGGCAGGGCAAGGACUGAGUGGGGCACACGCCUUGCGGCUAGAGCUACGCCCUCCAGGUGCCCAUUGAGGAGCUAGUGGGCUGUGAGCAGGGCUGCUCUGCCCAGUUCCCCCAGCUCUGCCCUCCGGGUGCAGUCCCCAUGCCUGGCAUCCCCUGCCCACGGCCCAUGGGGUUCAGCGUUCCCUGCGUCCAGCCCUCUGCUCUGAGGGAUCCUGCCCAGGCUGGCUGCCCCUCUGCGUUUCAAACACCCGGCUUUGCAGGGUUUCGUUUCUGUGCCAUUCAAAUGUACUCUAUUUUUGUAGGACCUACAGAAAGGUGUCUGGACUUCCUGGGUGCAGUAGCAAUUCAUUAGCCAGCGUCCGUGGUGAUUCCGCUCCCCAUCGCUCGGCGGGGAGGUCUGCUCACACCCCCGCCCUUUGCCUUGUCUUCCCGCGUGCCGAGCUGUGCCCCCGCCCCGGCCCUCCAUUGCCAGGGCCCUGCUGCCCUGUUUUGCUAGCCAGCCCCAGCUCAGGGUGGGACCCUCUGCCCCCAUCCCAUGCGGGACUGGCCCCAGCCUGGCUUUGCCUUUUGCUUCUGGCCCAGCGUCUGCCUCUGCCUGGCAUGUGCUCCCCCAGCCCCACCCCCAGCCCACUGGGAGCACCUCUGCAUGCCCCAUCCCCGCCCGGCCCAGCACCCACCCCCGUGCCCUCCUGUGGCAAGGCAAAGGCAGCCAUGCUGUGGGCGGCGGGCAGGUUGUGUGGUGCCUGGCGGGCAGAGGCUGAGCUGUUGCACAGGGCCAUGGAUCAGCUGCCCCUUUCUCCCUGGCGUGUGCCAGGCUGCUCUGGGAAUGGCCACAUGGGCACUACGCAGCCAGGCAGGGACUUUGCUGAGCCAGGCCCUGCCCAUGGGGCAGCUGCCCCUUGUGCUAAGCAAGGACCUGGGCACCAGCUCCCUCCAGGGGUGGCAGGCUGCUCCAGCAAUUCCUCACUGGGCCCCUUUCCUUACAUUGGGCUGGGCCCCCAUCCUGCCCGCGGGUGCCAGCCCUCAAGGCCAGGCUCCUCCUGGGGCCUACUCGUUCCAGGGUGAUACCAAUCCGUAGGCACAGUCCUCACCCAGGAACACAGGGGAAGCUGGAGAGGCAGGGCCGGGGGGCGCCUGCCUAGCUGGAGCGCAGCUGAGGGGCUGGGGCAGCUGCUGUGCCCAGCCUGUGCCCCCCCUGGGAUCUGAUGUGCCCAGUCUGGCAGCUGCCAUCCCACUGGCACUGUCCCCAGCCUGAUCUGCCCGUCCCUCCAGCUACAGCCAAAGCCCCUGAAGGGAUGUGUGCGCCUGGGGGUGGGUGGGGUGCUACGUACAAUACAGGAUUAGAUCAAAUUAUUUAAAAACAGCACACACACCCCCCCAUCAGCCCUGUGGUGCCCAGCUGCCCUGGCACAAAGGGAAGGGUUGGCACUAGACCAAAGGAACAUCUGCGCUGUGUCCAUCCGCUUGUCACCAAGCCGCACCCCUGCCCCGGGCAGCGCCAGCCGGCAUGGUUUGUUUUGUUUUUUUACUUUAUUUCUGACCUUGUCUGGUUCUCAGGCUGUGUAAAUUUCUUGUACAAACUGAGAGGAAAGUGCUAAUAAAACCCACCCCUCUGUUUUUAA